AUGAUUGUUCCAGAGGUACAAGGAUUUUGGCCAAAGCGUGCUGUUGAAGGCAUUGUCUCGGCAAUAGUUGGAUCAGGAUGCUAUGUUUUAACAUGGCCAUAUAAAUUAGUCUUAUCUAAGCAAACACUUCCACAAGCUGUUGGUCUUUGCAAUAAGAACUUUGGAAAGAUAUGGAUUAAGAAGGUUACGUACACAGUUUCACGUCCACAGUUUGUUCACGCCCUUGCAUAA